AUGGAUGAUAUAAAAGUCAUCCAGGAGUCGCCGACAAAUAGUCCAAGAUUGAAUCGCAAGAAAUACAAGAAAAAUGUUGUACACAACAGAAUUUCCAAUGUUCGAGGAAGACCACAUAACGCGGAGUGGUUGGGACAAAUUAUACGUGCAUAUGAUCCAAAAUCAUCUGACAGCGAGGAGGAUGAUGAUGAAACGGCCAUAGAAGUCAUCGAUAUCGCUGACUCUGAGGAGGAGGAGGAGGAGGAGAAGGAGGAGGAGGAUGACGACAUCGCCGACUUCGAUGAGAAGAAUGAAGAGAAGGAUAAUAGAAAACUUAUUGACAUCGCCGACAGCGAAGAGGAUAAUAUAGAACUCAUUGACAUUGCCGACAGCGAAGUGAAUGAUAUAAUAAAUUAA